CGCGAGCAGCCUGGCGGUUUGCCUCUUCCUCGCCCGUCCUCUAGACCGCGUCCAUGGCCACCGCCGCGACCGAGGAGCCCUUCCCUUUCCACGGUCUUCUCCCGAAGAAGGAGACCGGGGCCGCCUCCUUCCUGUGCCGCUACCCGGAGUAUGACGGGCGCGGGGUGCUCAUCGCCGUCCUGGACACGGGGGUCGAUCCCGGGGCUCCAGGCAUGCAGGUUACAACUGAUGGAAAACCAAAAAUCAUUGACAUCAUUGACACCACAGGAAGUGGUGAUGUUAAUACUGCUACAGAAGUAGAGCCAAAGGAUGGGGAAGUUAUUGGUCUUUCUGGACGAGUGCUUAAGAUUCCUGCAAGCUGGACAAAUCCUUCAGGAAAAUAUCAUAUUGGCAUUAAAAAUGGCUAUGACUUCUAUCCAAAGGCUCUCAAGGAAAGAAUACAGAAAGAACGGAAGGAAAAAAUCUGGGAUCCUGUUCACAGAGUUGCGCUUGCAGAAGCUUGUAGGAAACAAGAAGAAUUUGAUAUUGCCAACAAUGGCUCUUCCCAAGGCAAUAAGCUAAUCAAGGAAGAGCUGCAAAGUCAAGUGGAAUUACUCAAUUCUUUUGAGAAAAAGUACAGUGAUCCAGGCCCUGUGUACGACUGCUUGGUGUGGCAUGAUGGUGAGACCUGGAGAGCCUGUGUUGAUUCGAAUGAAAAUGGAGACUUGAGUAAAUGUACUGUAUUGAGAAACUACAAAGAGGCCCAAGAAUACGGCUCUUUUGGCACAGCCGAGAUGUUGAAUUAUUCUGUCAAUAUUUAUGAUGACGGAAACCUGCUCUCCAUUGUGACCAGUGGAGGAGCUCAUGGAACCCAUGUAGCAAGUAUCGCCGCUGGGCAUUUUCCAGAGGAGCCUGAACGGAAUGGAGUUGCUCCUGGUGCUCAAAUUCUGUCUAUUAAGAUUGGUGAUACAAGGCUAAGCACAAUGGAAACAGGCACAGGCCUCAUCAGAGCUAUGAUAGAAGUUAUAAAUCAUAAGUGUGAUCUUGUCAACUACAGCUAUGGAGAAGCAACUCAUUGGCCAAAUUCUGGGAGAAUCUGUGAAGUAAUUAAUGAAGCAGUCUGGAAACAUAAUACAAUUUAUGUUUCGAGUGCUGGAAAUAAUGGUCCAUGUCUUUCUACAGUGGGUUGUCCAGGUGGAACUACGUCCAGUGUGAUAGGUGUUGGGGCUUAUGUUUCUCCUGAUAUGAUGGUUGCAGAGUAUUCGCUGAGAGAGAAAUUACCUGCAAAUCAGUACACGUGGUCUUCUCGAGGCCCAAGUGCUGACGGGGCCCUCGGUGUGAGCAUCAGUGCACCAGGAGGAGCCAUUGCGUCUGUGCCCAACUGGACGUUGAGGGGCACUCAGCUCAUGAACGGGACGUCAAUGUCCUCCCCCAAUGCCUGUGGGGGCAUUGCCCUGGUGCUUUCAGGUCUGAAAGCAAAUAAUGUUGACUAUACUGUUCACUCAGUCAGAAGAGCUCUAGAAAAUACUGCAGUAAAAGCUGAGAAUAUAGAAGUAUUUGCCCAAGGACAUGGAAUUAUUCAGGUUGACAAAGCCUAUGACUACCUCAUUCAGAAUACAUCUUUUGCUAACAGAUUAGGUUUUACAGUUACGGUUGGAAAUAACCGUGGCAUCUACCUCCGAGAUCCUGUUCAGGUGGCUGCUCCUUCAGAUCAUGGUGUUGGCAUUGAGCCUGUAUUUCCAGAGAACACAGAAAACUCUGAAAAAAUAUCCCUUCAGCUUCAUUUAGCUUUAACUUCAAAUUCGUCUUGGGUUCAGUGCCCCAGCCAUUUGGAACUCAUGAAUCAGUGUCGGCACAUAAAUAUACGUGUGGAUCCCAGGGGUUUAAGAGAAGGGUUGCAUUAUACAGAGGUAUGUGGCUAUGACAUAGCAUCCCCUAAUGCAGGUCCUCUAUUCAGAGUUCCAAUCACUGCAGUUAUAGCAGCAAAAGUAAAUGAGUCAUCUCAUUAUGAUCUAGCCUUUACAGAUGUACAUUUUAAACCUGGUCAGAUUCGAAGACAUUUUAUUGAGGUUCCUGAGGGUGCAACCUGGGCUGAAGUUACUGUGUGUUCAUGCUCUUCUGAGGUGUCCGCAAAGUUUGUUCUCCAUGCAGUACAGCUUGUGAAGCAGAGAGCGUAUCGAAGUCAUGAAUUUUAUAAGUUCUGUUCCCUUCCAGAAAAAGGAACACUGAUUGAAGCCUUUCCUGUCCUGGGUGGAAAAGCAAUUGAAUUUUGUAUUGCUCGUUGGUGGGCAAGUCUUAGUGAUGUCAAUAUUGAUUAUACCAUAUCAUUCCAUGGAAUAGUGUGUACUGCGCCACAGUUAAACAUUCAUGCAUCUGAAGGAAUCAAUCGUUUCGAUGUUCAGUCCUCCUUAAAGUAUGAAGAUCUAGCUCCUUGCAUUACUUUGAAGAGCUGGGUCCAAACACUGCGCCCAGUAAUUGCAAAAACCAGACCUUUAGGAUCCAGAGAUGUUUUGCCAAAUAAUCGCCAACUUUAUGAGAUGGUUCUGACAUAUACCUUUCAUCAGCCUAAGAGUGGAGAAGUAACACCUAGUUGUCCACUUCUUUGUGAAUUGUUAUAUGAGUCAGAAUUUGACAGCCAGCUCUGGAUUAUUUUUGACCAGAACAAAAGACAAAUGGGCUCAGGCGACGCCUAUCCACAUCAGUAUUCUUUGAAACUGGAGAAAGGAGAUUAUACAAUUCGACUACAGAUUCGUCAUGAGCAAAUCAGUGAUUUGGAUCGUCUUAAAGAUCUUCCGUUUAUUGUUUCUCAUAGGUUGUCUAAUACUUUGAGCUUAGAUAUUCAUGAAAAUCAUAGCCUUGCACUUCUAGGAAAGAAGAAAUCAAGCAGUUUGACGUUACCACCUAAAUAUAACCAGCCAUUCUUUGUUACUUCCUUACCUGACGAUAAAAUACCUAAGGGGGCAGGACCCGGAUGCUACCUUGCAGGCUCCUUGACACUGUCAAAGACUGAGCUUGGGAAGAAAGCUGGGCAGUCUGCAGCAAAACGACAAGGAAAAUUUAAAAAGGAUGUGAUCCCUGUGCACUACUAUCUAAUCCCUCCACCAACAAAGACGAAGAAUGGCAGCAAAGACAAAGAAAAGGACUCAGAGAAGGAGAAAGAUCUGAAAGAAGAGUUCACUGAAGCAUUGCGAGAUCUUAAAAUUCAGUGGAUGACAAAGCUUGAUUCUAGUGACAUUUACAAUGAAUUGAAAGAAACAUACCCUGCUUACCUUCCUCUGUAUGUUGCACGGCUUCACCAAUUGGAUGCUGAAAAGGAGCGAAUGAAAAGGCUUAAUGAAAUCGUUGAUGCUGCCAAUGCUGUUAUUUCUCACAUCGAUCAAACUGCCCUCGCAGUUUACAUUGCAAUGAAGACUGACCCCAGGCCUGAUGCAGCUACUAUAAAAAAUGAUAUGGACAAGCAGAAAUCCACACUGGUAGAUGCCCUGUGCAGGAAAGGGUGUGCUCUGGCAGACCACCUGCUUCACGCACAGCCUCAUGAUGGGGCGGCAGCCGGAGAUGCAGAAGCAAAGGAAGAGGAGGGAGAAAGUACCUUGGACUCUCUGUCAGAAACCUUUUGGGAAACUACAAAGUGGACGGAUCUUUUUGACACCAAGGUUUUAACAUUUGCAUACAAGCAUGCAUUAGUGAAUAAGAUGUAUGGGAGAGGCCUUAAGUUUGCAACUAAACUUGUAGAAGAAAAACCAACAAAAGAAAACUGGAAAAAUUGUAUUCAACUAAUGAAGUUACUUGGAUGGACCCAUUGUGCAUCUUUUACUGAAAACUGGCUUCCCAUCAUGUAUCCUCCUGAUUAUUGUGUAUUCUAAAUAAGAACCAAGACUUUAAAUUUCCAAAAAAGAAAAUUUUAUAGUGAACAAAUGUGUGGCAUUUUUAGUCUAACUAAUGCAUGUUUUCAUCCACUAUCCAAUACUGAUCAUUAAAACUAUGUGUAUUUAUCAGCGAA